AAACACUUCUACCAACACUUAAUUUCUACUGCAUUUAAUGUUUACCUAACACAAACUUCAAAGCCUCCGUACGGUUUCAUUAUUGUAGAGAUAAGGUGGAGGAUUGCUGAACACACGUUUCACAAUCAUCGAAUGGGGUUACCAGAAAUUAUUAUACAACCGACGUGCAUAACAGCUUGCACCGACAACCUGAAAUUGGAGCCUUGUAAAAAAGGUUUUAGCAAUUGCGACACUCAUUCAUCAUUAAUUUCUUCACUCUGAAAAACUGAGAAUCAUAUCCAAGGCAAAGGAUCAAGAAGAAGAAGAAGGUGAAAGAGAAAGAGAUGGAAGCUAGUGUUCCAGUGGUGGAUUUUCAGAAGCUUUCAGAGGGAGAGGAGUGGAAGAAGCUAAAAGAAGCAUGUGAGAAAUGUGGUUGUUUCAGGGUGAUCAACCACCCUAUUCCAGAAACUCUGAUGAAAGAGAUGAAAUCAGUGGUCAAAUUCGUGCAUGAUCUUCCUUUAGAGAUAAAACUGCGCAACAAAUCCAUAAUUCCUGAGAGUGGUUAUGUUCCAUCCUUUGCAGCAAGUCCUCUGUAUGAGGGCAUGGGAAUAUAUGACAUGCAUGAAUCUCCACAGGCACUUGAAGAUUUCUUCUCCCAAUUGGAUUUACCACCCUAUCACAGGCAAAUAGUAAAGACAUACGGUCAAGCAAUUCAUGACUUGGCAUCAACUAUUUCACAAAAGAUGGCCAAGUCUUUGGGUGUAGUGGGUGUUAAUUUCAAGGACUGGCCAUUUAUUUUAAGAACUAUUAAAUACAAUUUCAGCCCUGAAUAUAUAGGUCAAACGGGAGCAGAGUUGCACUCAGAUACAGGAUUUAUCACUCUACUUCAAGAUGAUGAAACUAUUAGUGGUCUUGAGCUGGUGGAUGAUUCAGGUUUAUUUAAUGCAGUGCCUCCCAAAUCAGGGUCCUUCCUUUGCAUUAUUGGAGAUGUUGGACAUGUUUGGAGCAAUGGAAAAUUUUGGAAUGUUAGGCAUCGUGUGGUAUGCAAGGAAACAGGUACUCGUUAUUCGUGUGGUGCAUUUAUGUUAGCACCAAGGGAUGGUACUGUUGAGGCCCCAAGAAAGUUGGUGGAACUUGACAAUUGUCGACGUUAUCGACCAUUUAAGUAUGAAGAUCUAAGGGAGUUCAGAAUCAGCACGGGAAAGAAAAUUGGUGAAGUUCUUGAUCAAUACCGCAUUGCUUAGUGAUUUGUGUGCAUGCACCAAGAGGACUUUUUACAAUGUUGGCAAUAACAUCAAUGUCCCAUGCAUUUUGAAAUUCUAUAUAGCUUUUGUGUCGUUUUUUUUAA